CAGCUUCUGCCACUCGUGCUCUCGCACCUACUCCCCGCCUGCUUGAGCGCGACCACGUCCGGCCUCCUGCCAGCGGCGAACCAUCACCGACUUCCAGCGGCUACGAUUCCUCGACCGACCCAUCCCGGCGCCGCCACCACCAUCACAAGAGCAUCCGACCCUUCAUUCGCGCAAUCAUGGCGUUCGAGAAGAGCCGCAAGUUCUCGACGGGCACUUCGGUGCACCGUAAGCGCCAGAUGAGCACGCUGGUUGAGAAGGAGGGCCACUUCGGUCCUGCUCUCACGGUAAGUUGUUUCCCUCUGCUUCCCUCUGCAGUUUGCACUCCGAGCUUUCGCCACCAGCAAACCGCUACUUCUCCGUCGAUUGGGCCCCAAUUCAUGUUUUCUGCCGAAGGCGACGACCGGUUUGCGGGGAUGGCAGCCAAGCGCAACUUUCGUUGCUGAAGCAUGCCAUGUUCCCCUGAGCGAGCUGGACGCUCUUUUUGGGCAUUUCGGCUGUCUUCUCCGACGAUCACACCGCUGUCGUGGCCCUGGCCAUCCACGACACGGUCUACUUGGUCGAUUUCUCGGUCAAGCACAUCGUGCUCGACGAUGCCAUGAAGAUGGGCGCCGAUCUCAUCGCGGACUACGUGAUCUCCGAGGUCGAGAAGUACGAGCACGAGAAUUUCUCCAAGUUCAUUGGCGCCGGUCUGCCCACGACCCUGAAGUACAUGAGCCCUUCGCUGUGCUCCCGUCUGUGGCUGGAGCUGGACAUCGUGCCUAUUGUGAUGCGGCCCGAUGACGAGCACAAGGAGAAGUCGUUCUGGGAUGUUAAGCGCGUCGAUGAACAGGCCGACUCUAUGGCACGGAAGUGCAUUAUGAACUUUGGCCCUUCCCUUGUCCCUCUCCUUCAGGUCGGCUGGCGCGGCAUUGUCCAGACAGACGCCGGAUUCCGCGCCCAUUUGACGACGGUUCAGAACCACAAGGACACCUGCAGCACUGCCACAUGGGAGACCAUGUUGACCUACGCCAAGAAGCUCCGGGCCAACAAGACCAAGAUCGCCUUCUUCAGCUCUACGCCCCAGGGUGGCGGCGUUGCCCUCAUGCGCCACGCAUUGGUGCGCUUUGCGCGUCUUAUGGGCGUCGACUUGACCUGGUACGUGCCGAAGCCUCGACCUGGCGUGUUCCGUAUCACCAAAAACAUCCACAACAUUCUUCAGGGUGUUAGUCACCCGGACCAGCGCGUCUCGGCCGAGGAGAAACAGGCCAUCAUUGACUGGAUCACCGACAAUGCGAACCGGUACUGGUUCUCUGAGGGCGGUCCGCUGCGCGCCCCCGAGGAAGGCGGCGCCGAUGUCGUGAUUAUUGAUGACCCGCAAAUGCCGGGACUCAUCCCACUUAUCAAGAAGACGACGCCGGACCGCCCGGUUCUGUACCGGUCCCACAUCCAGAUUCGGAGCGACCUGGUCGCCAAGGCCGGCUCGCCUCAGGCCGACAUCUGGGAAUUCCUGUGGAGCAACAUCCAAGGGUGUGACAUGUUCAUCAGCCACCCGAUUCCCAUCUUUGUCCCCCACACCGUCCCCCGCGAGAAGGUUGUCUACCUCCCUGCCACGACGGACUGGCUCGACGGCCUCAACAAGCAUCUCAACAAGUGGGACUCUGGGUACUAUGGCCACAUCUACAAUGUCGCCUGCCACUCUCAGCGCAUGACUGAGCUUAACUGGCCAGCGCGCAAGUACAUCAUCCAGGUGGCCCGCUUCGAUCCCUCCAAGGGCAUCCCCACUGUAAUCGACUCCUACGCCGAGUUCCGCCGGCGGUGUGAGAAGGAGGGCCUCACCGAUGUCCCGCAGUUGGUCAUCUGCGGCAAUGGCUCCGUCGACGACCCCGAUGCCAGCCUGAUCUACGACCAGACCAUGGCCCAGCUCGAGACGUACUACCCCGAUCUUAUCAAGGAUGUCAGCGUCAUGCGCCUCGACCCCAACGAUCAGCUGAUCAACACCCUGCUGGCUAAUGCCCACGUGGUGCUGCAGUUGUCGACCCGCGAGGGCUUCGAGGUCAAGGUUUCGGAGGCUCUGCAUGCCGGCCGCCCUGUCAUCGUCACCAACACGGGCGGCAUCCCGCUGCAGGUCAAGGACAAGGUCAACGGCUUCCUCGUGAACCCGGGCGACUGGAAGGCCGUGGCCGGCCACUUGAUGGAGCUCUUCACCAACGAUGAGCUCUGGAAGAAGAUGAGCCGAGCCGCCAGCACAGGCGUGUCCGACGAAGUCGGCACCGUCGGCAAUGCCCUCUCCUGGUUCUACCUCGCGUCCAAGUGGCACGAGGUCGGCGUCGAGAAGCACGGCAAGGGCGGCCUCAAGGGCUCCGAGAAGUGGGUCAACGACAUGGCCCGUGAGGAGGCAGGCUUCCCCUAUUCCGAAGGCGAGAACCGCCUGCCGAGACACUUCACUCAGUCCAAGGAGGUGCCGGUCCACCCGAAGCCUGCUGAUGGCGAUUCUGCUUAAACCGGCGAGAAUAUUGGUUUGGGAUCUGGAUGCCGUGAUCUUCUGCAAGCACGACCAAGAUACCAUGGGAUAUCCUACCGGGUCUUUUAUAUGCUGCUUUCCUCGCGUUGCCUUGGAAAAAUUUUCCGCAUCUGUGUUCUUGAAAAGAAAACGGCGUAGGUUGGAGAGAGGGGUAAGCAAGGCCGUUGAUCUCGCUUCAACAAUGCGCGAUAGAGGCAAACGGAGACUUUACAUGGGGUUACGCAAGACGGUGGUUUGAGAGGUACCUACCUUGAGUUAGACAGCCAGAAAAGACAGACAGA